AUUGAGUCAACAAGAGGUGAACAAGAGUCGCGUGACUAUUUUUGUAAAUGAAUUAGUGGAUUUGGUUAAUACAGACAAUUACAGACGAGAACGGGUUGCAUUGCUAUCAUCGUCAUCAUUUACAAACAAAAAGAAUUUCUUAAUCACUGAAGGGCCAUGGAGAGGAAAGGAAUUACAGCGGGCACUUCGCGGGUUUACGGUGCAACAGAAGUCCGAGUUCCUGAAGUAAAUUUUAGCGAUAUGAGUUCUGUAGAGAUCCGAAAUUUAUCUGAGAGCAUAACAACCAAUGUUUAUACAAUCAACCAAAGUUGGAAGCAAUUAGAUGAAGCUUUGAGGCUUCUUGGUACUGAUCGAGACUCGGCAGGUCUACGAGACACCAUCCAUGUUGGUCAGUUGAGUACAAAACAGGUGGUUGGCCAGACAACAAAAGAAAUCCAAAAACUUAACUUCCUCGUUAAAAGAGGUUCCAAACCUCAGAAGCUGCAGUUUGAAAGAUUGCAGACGGAAUUCAAAGAUGCCAUCAAAAGAUACGGGCAAAUUCAAACUCAAGUUGCAAUGAAGCUUCGAGCUCAUGCCCUUGUGCGUCCUCAGACCAUGGAGGAGGAAUACGAGCAGACGGGAGAUGAAUUGGAAGAAAGAGCUCAACUUAUUGCCAAACAAAAACAAAUGAAGCGAGACUUAGAGUUUGAGAAAGAAAUUAUGUUGGAGAGAGAACGCCGCAUCAAGCAAAUUGAGGAAGAUGUCCUUGAUGUCAAUGAAAUCAUGAGAGAGCUGAGUACUAUGGUGCACGACCAAGGAGAAGUUGUUGGUUCCAUUGAAGACAACAUUGAGCGUGUACACACUGAUGUGGCAAUGGGCCGCCAGGAACUGGAACAGGCUUCAAGAUACCAAAAUAAGAGGCGACGCAAGCUGUGCUGGUGUGCAUCGAUUGCUGCUGUAGUUGCUUUGAUCAUUAUUGGUUCUAUAGUUAUUAAAUUUAUUUCUUUGGAACCAAUCGUUCCGCCUGUCACAACGCCAGCACCUUCAACAACUUCGACUCUGGCCCCAACGACAACCGCAAUACAGUCAUUCCAAUAAUAAAUUUAUGGCUGGAUUUUAAAGUGAUCAAUAGAAAUAAAACCUUUAUAAAUGCUUGCUUCUAUGGCUGUAAGAUUUAAUUUUAAACAAACUUAAUAUUUUUGUACAGUUCUUCUCUUUUUUGUACGAAGUGCAUUAUAGUGAAUGAAUUAUAAUUUUUUUAAAGAGGGUUUUAAUUACAAAUUACUUGGUUCAAUAUUUUCUGGUACAGUUAUUAAAUUCUUCAAUAUUUUUUUAUACAUUUGGUUUCAGAUGUAGAUUCAAUGUUUAGCAAUGAGAGCAUAAUUAUAUCAAAUAUAAUAUUUUGUAGAUUGCAUGCAACCACAUGUCAGCACUGCCGUGAAGUGUAAUUUAAUGCCUCUUAUUAGUCUCAUAUGUUUCACCUAUUAAAAACUAAAAACUUUUAUUUAAAUAUAAUUGUCGAUAAUAAUAUUGUUAAAUUAGCAUCAAUGAUAAAAUAUAUCAUGUGUAUAUUAUAUAAUA